AGUCGUUUGCCUGACUUGUCAGCCGGCACAACAGCAUAUCCGAAAUAUUGUAGCCAAAUAAAAUAAACGAUAAAAAUGCCAACAGCGGUUGUUAUAGGUGGUGGUAUAAGCGGACUGUCAUCUGCAUAUUACUUGAAGAAAAGUGCCAAAUUUUCAAAGAUAAUUAUUCUUGAGGCCUCGAAUCGAGUUGGUGGUUGGAUUAAAACAGUAACGUCUGAAGGUGGAGCCAAAAUGGAGCUGGGUCCCAGGAGUCUGAGAGCCACUGGCAUACCAGCUGGCUUCAACAGCCUCUGUUUAAUUGAAGAUCUUGGUCUGUCUAAGGAUGUGAUUCACGUAUCUAGGCAUGAACCGGCAGCGCAGAAUCGAUUUAUUUAUGCAAAAGGAGCAUUACACAAGCUUCCAAAUAAGUUUUCAGCUUUCUUCAAGAAGCAGGCACCGUUUUCAGCACCUCUGUUUCUGCACUCGUUUCGAGAUAUUUUAACAAAGCCGUCAGAACUCGAGGAUGAAUCAGUGUACGACUUUGUCACUCGGAGGUUUCAUGCCGAGCUUGCAGAGUUUGCGGUCGAUCCUUUGUGCAGAGGCAUAUUUGCUGGCGACUGUAGAAAACUUAGCUUGCACUCGUGUUUUCCGUUAUUAAGAGAGGCGGAAAAAGUUGGUGGAGGGCCUGUCAUUAAAGGGUUGCUUAAGAUUAGUAGACGCCCAAUUCCACCUAGGAGACAAUCCACCUUGUUUGAUACCAUGAGAAAGGAGACCUGGUCAGCGUUUUCGUUCCGCCAAGGGCUUCAAACCUUACCAGAAACUUUGAGAGAUUCUCUUACAUCUUCGCAAGGGGUUGAAUUAGUCCUUGACACACCUUGCUCUGAAGUGAUGUUUGAUGAUGGCAAAGCAAAGAUUGUUAUAAAUGGGGAAACUUUGGAUGCUGACCAUGUAGUGUCCAGUAUUUUCGCUCCAGAUUUUGCAAGUCUCUUGAAUCAAGAACAGCAGAAUUUGAAGGAGAAUUUGAGUAAAAUUUCUGCAGUGAAUGCUGUGGUGGUUUGUGUUGAGUUUGAUGGACAAGUUGUACCUCCCACACCGGGGUUUGGACAUCUGUUGCCCUCAAGCGAGGACAAGGCGGUGCUUGGGGUUAUAUACGACUCCUGUACAUUUCCCACCCAUGAUCGGACUGACAGGCCUGGGAGCAGGUACACAAUAAUGCUUGGAGGGGCUUGGUUCGAUGAUCUCAAAGCAGUUGUUCCAUCAAUGACGGACGGAGCGCUCGGCCAAUACGCUGUCAAAGCGUUACAAAAACACCUCGGCUUUACACAAACACCAACAAAAAUCAAAGUAGAAGUAAUGAAAAACUGCAUCCCCCAGUAUUUUAUCGGUCACGAAAACAUACUAGAGGACGUUUUUGCAGAAAUUCGAGCUGAGAGACUUCCGUUAAGUCUGGUUGGUUCGUCAUAUCGAGGUCCAUCGAUUCAUGACUGUAUGAAUAACGCAAGAGUGGAAAUUGAACGUGUCACUGGGGCCUCAUUAUUGUGAAACUAUGCAUGAUAUUAUUUUAAUGUCCCACACCACUAUUUAUGUUUCCUACCACUAUAGUGGGGGACAUAUUGCUUUUGCCCUGUCUGUUGGUUUGUUGCUUUGUUUGUUUGUGCAAACUUUAACAUUUGCCAUAACUUUUGCAAUAUUGAAGAUAGCAACUUCAUAUUUGGUGUGCAUGUGUAUCUCAUGGAGCUGCACAUUUAGAGUGGUGAAAGGUCAAGGUCAUCUUUCAAGGUCAAAUAUAUGGGUCAAAAUCGCUCAUUUAAUAUACACUUUUGCAAUAUUGAAGAUAGCAACUUGAUAUUUGGCAUGCAUGUGUAUCUCAUGGAGCUGCACAUUUUUAGUGGUGAAAGGUCAAGGUUAUCCUUCAAGGUCAAGGGUCAAAUAUAUGGCUUCAAAGUGGUGCAGUAGGGGACAUUGUGUUUCUCACAAACACAUCUCUUGUUUAUUGUGAAAUGCCAUUGUUGUGUUAGAUGAUAGUUUUGGUUUUGGAAUUGGUUGUCUGAGAUUUGAAAUGUUAUAAUUUAUUACCUGUAGAGCUACAUUAAUACAGUAGGAAAUAGUGUAGAUGUUGUUGCACUUGUAUUUUUAUGCACUUGUUUUUUAAAUAUUUGUAUAAUAUUCUGUAGGGUUUAGGAUAAUGUAAGAGGUUUUUGUAUUACAAAUAAUGACCUUUUAUUAUACCUCUGCUGGAAAAAAAUACUUUCACAUUUUUCUACUUCAAAUACCUCAUCGUACGUGAAGAUAUGCAAGAAGUUUUCAUGACCAGUAAUCAUUAGUAGUGUGUCUUCUCUGAGCCAUUUUUUUGCCAGUUGAUAUACAUUUUUGUAACUUUUUGGAGUUAUAUUCUGACUGAUUUCUUAAGCAAUUCUAUUGAAACUUAAAACAUGUUAUGGUCAUGAAGUAUAGAUAAAAAGACGCUUUUUUCAUGAUCGACGCGCACUCUGUUCAUGUUUUAUGCUGUUUGGUGCUAUUCUGUUCAGGUUUUAUGCUGUUUGCUGCUGAUCAGUAUUAAACGUUUGGAAAUUAAGCAUUUAAUACUUGAAUCUAGUAAGAUUAUUAAACAAAUAGGUCUUUGAUUUUAAAUAUUUUAGGGGACUACACAUGCGUCAAAAUACAUAUCUAAGUGGUAAAGGGUUAAACUUAUUGAAUGUUAUAAGAUAAUAAUUAAAUGUUCUAAGUUUGUGCAGGGAUUCUUCAUUUCUCAAGCAAUUAAAUAGAAGCUUCAAAUAUGUCAUUACAUUUACUAUAGUUGUGCAAGACACUUUAAAUCCAUUUAUGCCUAGCGUCUAGAAAAAAGGCCUUGGCAAACAGCGUAGACACAGAUGAGACGCAUGAUGCGGCGUCUCAUCUGGGUCUGCGCUGUUUGCUUAAAGGAAUUUCUGUAAGAAAUAUUCUAAAUAUAGAAAUAAAUAUACUAGACAUCCCUAAUUUUGGAAAUAAAUUGAUCCAAUUUAGAAGGAUGGGAGAGUCCACUAGGCAUAAAUGGGUUAAAUCCCAAAUGCCCAACACUGAGUUAUUUGCUCUUGGCUGGCAAAGCAUUGCAUGGAUAUUAGUUACUUUUGUGACAAAGCUUAAGUUUUUAUUAGCAAGCAGGUUCAAUCUAUAUUGCAGUCCUUUGAUUUUAUUCUAUUAAAUUAUAAAACAAGAAAUGUCUUAUAGAGAUAUAUGGCUUUGAUUGUGGUUGGUGUUGAUGAAAAAUCAAAAGUUACAUACAUGAGACAAAGAUAGAAAAUGCUUUUUUCUGCGUGGUUCUUAGCUGCAUCACAUGCAAAUCAAUUACAGGGUGUUGUGCCAGAUUUCAAGGCUUAUUACGCUUUAUUAAAUAUUAUUGAUCAUAUAUGUAAUUGAUACAGAAUAUAAAAACACAAAAAUAAUGGAAUAACAUAAAAACAUA